AUGAGCUCCUCCUUCAAUGGAAGCAGCAACAUAGACAACAUUCUACUCCAAAACCUACUUGGACGCCUCCAGAUUCGUCCCCCUAACUCUCCUCUCCUCUCUCAAUCCCUAGACGACCUCUUCUUCAAACCCGACGACAGCAGCGACGAAGAAGCGAGACUCGAGAAGGAGCUGAUACGUAUAAUCGUCUCGGGUCGAAUCGAUUCUCUGAAGGCGAAUUCAGGGCAGGCAGUGACGGUUAACGAGCAUCAGAUAUGCGUUGAGUUUCAUGAGGAUGAGGAGUCGGAAUAUCGUGUGUGGGGAGUGGCGUGGACAUAUCAUGGUUUUUGA